AUUAGCUCGUGUUCUAUUUAUGUAAUAUUAAUUUGACAUCGGAUCUCACCUUCAUAUGCUGUCAAACGAACAUAGAAUAUUCUGAAAAAAAUAAUUCAUAAUGGGACACAAUCUAAAUUCAGAAUCUGAAAGUACUUUGUCUGAAUCUGAUAACAUGAUAAAAGACACUGACGUUGCUGUUAAAAUAAAACAAGAUGGAAAGCCAUAUAAAUGCACUUAUGGGUGCAAUUUAUCUUUUCGUAAACCAUCGAGAUUAAAAAGACAUAUAAGAGUUCAUACAGGGGAGAGAAAUUACAAAUGCACUUAUCCAGAAUGCAAUAAAGCUUACACUAAUAACUGUCAUUUAAAACGGCAUAUGGAAACCCAUAAUCUAGUAAAGAAGGUGUAUAUCUGCCCAGAAUGUUCAAUAUGUAUUAGUAAUCAACAUAACUUGAAACGUCACUAUAACACUAUGCAUAGGAAUUAUAAUAAAUUAAUUUGCAAAGAAUGUAAUUUGACGUUUGUCAAAAAGUAUCAGUUAGAGAUACAUAUGGCAGAACAUAAUCCAGUUGUGUAUAAGUGUAGUGAAUGUGAUAAAAGUUUUGAGAAUCUUAAAAAAUUUAAAAAACAUAAAUUAUAUCAUGAAAAAGGAGGUAAACAAUAUCCGUGUAGUAUAUCAGGAUGUAAUGAAGUUUUUAAAAAAUGGCUGCUUCUUUGUGCCCACAUGAAAACCCAGCAUGUAUCUGUUUUGUUUUCAGAUUAUAAAUGCACGAAAUGUGGUAAAACGUUUUUAAACAAAUACCAUGUAAGAAUUCAUUCUCAAAUUCACAAGGAAGAUAGACCUGUUAUACCUUGUCCAUACGAAAAAUGCCCUCGUAGUUAUUACUUUAAGAGUAAUUUAACUCAUCAUAUAAGGACUUAUCAUCUUGGAGAGAAAUAUGAAUGUGAUAUAUGCAAAAUCAAGAUUGGAACAAAACAAAGAUUAGCGCAACACAUGCAGGUACUACACUUGUCUGAAAAUAAAAUAAAAGAGAUCAAAAAGAAGUCACAGCGUAAUAAACGAAAAGAUGUUGGUGUAGUAAAAAGAAGCGCAGUAUCCAAAAUAGUUGGAAUUAACUUGCCGCCAAAAGUAGAAAAAAUGGUAUUAAAAAGAGAAGAACACAUACAAUACUUAGAAGAGCUAAAACAAAAUAAAUUGAUUUAGGUUGUUAUUGAUCUUUGUCUGUGAUAUGAAACUUUCAAAUGAAAUAAUUAUUUUACAUUUUAUUAUCUA